CCGUCGCCGCCGCCGCCGCCGCCGCCGUCGCCGCCGCCGCGGGACGGGUUCGGGUCCGUGUCGCGCUCGGCGGGCGCGGGCAGCAGAGCGGCCCGGGGCGCGGCGGCUGCAGCGGGAGCUCCCUGAGCGCCCGCCCGUCAUGUCCAGGAAGAAGACCCCCAAGAGGAAGGGGGCCACCGGGCCCGCUGCCUCCGCGCUGCCUGCGGCCGACGGGUCCCGGCCGGCGCGCCCAGGGACUGCACGCCCCGGCCCCCAGGCGCGGCCCAACGGACCCCCGCAGCCCGGCCGGCCCUCGCUUGGCGGCGGCGACUUCUACGACGUCGCCUUCAAGGUCAUGCUGGUGGGGGACUCAGGCGUGGGGAAGACCUGCUUACUCGUGCGCUUCAAGGACGGGGCUUUCCUGGCAGGGACCUUCAUCUCCACUGUGGGCAUCGACUUCCGGAACAAAGUUCUGGAUGUGGAUGGCAUGAAGGUGAAGCUGCAGAUCUGGGACACAGCUGGCCAGGAGCGGUUCCGGAGCGUCACCCACGCCUACUACCGCGAUGCUCAUGCACUGCUGCUGCUCUAUGAUGUCACCAACAAGGCCUCCUUUGACAAUAUCCAGGCCUGGCUGACGGAGAUCCACGAUUACGCCCAACAUGACGUGGUGCUCAUGCUGCUGGGGAACAAGGUGGACUCUGCCCAGGAGCGUGUGGUGAAAAGGGAGGAUGGGGAGAAGUUGGCUAAGCAGCUGUUUGCAGGAGUACGGGCUGCCCUUCAUGGAGACCAGCGCCAAGACAGGCCUCAACGUAGACUUGGCCUUCACAGCCGUAGCAAAGGAGCUGAAGCAGCGCUCCAUGAAGGUCCCCAGUGAGCCUCACUUCCGGCUGCACGACUACGUCAAGAGGGAGGGCCGAGGGGCCUCCUGCUGCAGACCCUGAAUCUGACUGGGCACUGCCACUGCACAUCCUCUGGGAGGCCCCUGCAAGGCUGGACAGAGGGUCACCUGGCAGUCAACUCGAGGGCGGCCGUUUCUGGGACUCCCAGAGCCUCGUCUUUCCCUAGAGCCUCAGUUCCAACAGGCUUCAUGGAGCCAGUGGGUCUGCAGCCCCUGACUCAGGGCCUUGCCCCCAAGGCCUUGAUGGAAAAGCAACGGCCUCCCGUACAGGAGACACCCCAGAAUGUAAAGCCCAUGCGGGGAGCCUGGUCUUGCUGCCACGGCACUCUGCUGCCCUCUCCUGGACGCGCCCAGCUUCAAGGCUGGACCCCGGUGCCAGCGCCACGUGUACAGUGCCUAACCCCCCAAAAGCCAUGUCUUCAGCGGCACCCGCUGCCCAGGCAGGGAAAGGCCGGACUCCUGUCCGUGCCUGGGGCAGAGGGCUUCGCUGCACAUCCAAUCAUGCAUCUGUGCCCCAAGGACCAAAGCUGCCAGCCCACACACUCAGAGACUCUGGUUCAAACAUCAGCAGGGUCUUCCUCUCGUGUUGCCUGGAGGACGCCAAGUUUGCGGCUUUCUAAUACACGAACGGCAUGUGGGAAAUCAGAAACCGUCAGGGAAACUAGAACUGCCAGCCCAGCUGAGGCCUGUGCAGAGUGAGGUCAAGCCAGGAGGCUGGCAGUGUGCUCCAGCUCAUAGGUCUUUAGGUUAAGAGUCUUUGUUUUCAGUUCUGGUGAAUAAAGUUGUGUUUUCUGGA